UGUUGGGAGGAGCCCAGCCUGUGGCAGGCUGUUUAUAAACAGUAGGUGGGACGCAAAGCGGAGUUCACAUCGGGAACCAAGCUGACACUGAUACCGGCACCAGGAAAGGUCCCAGGCUGAUUCGCGGGGCGCAGACGAAGAAAACCUGCUCUUACUGUACAAAUACCGGGGUCUCUAGAGAAAGGGCAAGAAAAAUAAGAGGGGAAAAUGGCCAGUUACACUGUCCGACCAGCUACACCCCGGGACUGCGCCGAUAUCCUCCGCCUCAUCAGGGAACUUGCUAGAUAUGAAGAAAUGGAAAAUAAUGUGAAGUUGACUGAGAAAGAUCUGCUUGAAGAUGGUUUUGGGGAACAUCCAUUUUAUCACUGCCUUCUUGCAGAAGUGCCAGCAGAAGAUGCAACUCCUGAAGGAUACAGUAUUGUGGGAUAUGCUAUGUACUACAACACAUAUGAUGCUUGGAUUGGAAAAUCACUAUAUCUUGAAGAUUUCUAUGUAAUGGAAGAAUUUAGAGGAUAUGGAAUUGGUUCAGAAAUUCUGAAGAAGAUCAGUCAGGUUGCUGUGCAACACCGCUGUAGCAGCAUGCAUUUCGUUGUGGCAGACUGGAACCAACGUUCAAUCAAUUUUUACAAGAAACUCGGUGCUACUGACCUGUCCAAAACGGAAGGGUGGCAUCUGUUUGAGAUUUCAAAAAAACACUUGGUUAAAAUGGCAACUGAAGAAUGAGUUGGAAGAGCAAAGUCCAGGUAUAAUUAUUAUUUCUUCCCAAAGUGCCUUAAUUGAAAAUUUUAUGUAGUUGAUGUAAAUUUAAGACUUUUUAUGUUUAAUGUAGAAUCGCUCCCUGCAACAGAAUAAUUUAGCAAUGUACUUUUUACUUAUAAAAAUCACUGCAAUAUGGAUUCUGUUGUUGAACCUGUACUAUUUAACCAGCUAUCUUGUGCAAAAAUAUAUAAAGGAAUUUGUAAAUUGUGGGUUUAUGUCGCUUAUGCCAACUGAUAGUGUUUCUGCCCUGUUGGGAAAUGUUGUGCUAUAACACUGUGUGUAUAUAUAGCUUUUAUUUGGAGAUGGUGUUAAUAUUGAUGAAAACUGAGUGUUUCUCUCUAAGUAAAACAAUCACUUGUGUUUUA